CUCGCGCGGUGGGUACUGCCGCUGAAACAAGAUGGCUGUGCGCGCAGGAGGAGCAACUGAACAGGAGGAGAGCUGAGGCAAUGCAGAGGAGGAAGAAGAGGGGGGCGAGGAUUUCACUCCUGUGUGUCUUGUCCUGCUGAAAGAGCAACAGCUCCACAGAGAAACAGACGAACGCCGCUGACACGAUGCUGUUUUGUUUCCGUUACCAGUUAGGGUAACGGUUUGGCGGUUUGAGUUGUAUUUUUCUCAGUAACCAGGAGACAAACGGACUGACCAAACAAAUCACGGAGCACUCAGCAGAGGACAGCCGGGGACGCUCACGCCGCUAUCAGAGAUGUCCCUGCUUUGUGUGGGAGUGAAGAAAGCCAAGCUGGAUGGACCCCAAGAGAAGUUCAACACUUAUGUGACUCUAAAGGUACAAAAUGUGAAGAGCACAACCAUCGCUGUCAGGGGCAACUUGCCCAGCUGGGAGCAAGACUUCAUGUUUGAAAUUAACCGCCUGGACCUGGGUCUUACAGUAGAGGUGUGGAACAAAGGGUUAAUCUGGGACACCAUGGUUGGCACUGUGUGGAUUCCCCUCCGUAGCAUCCGACAGUCAAAUGAGGAAGGUCCAGGGGAGUGGCUCACACUGGACUCUCAGGUCAUAAUGUCUGAUAAUGAGAUCUGUGGCACCAAAGAUCCAACUCUCCACCUGGUGCUGCUCGACACACGCUUUGAACUGCCUCUCGAUAUCCCAGAGGAUGAGGCACGGUACUGGGCCAAAAAACUGGAGCAACUCAAUGCCAUGAGGGACCAAGAUUAUUCAUACCAGGAGGAACAGGAACGCCCUCUCCGUGUACCAGGCACUCAAUGCUGUAACUGGAGCCUAUGGGGAGAGCAACAAAAUGAGGAUCCAGACAGUGCCGUGGAUGACAGGGACAGUGAUUAUCGAAGUGAAACCAGUAACAGCAUCCCCCCUCCCUACUACAGCACAUCUCAGCCAAAUGCCUCUGUCCACCAAUAUCCUAUCAGCAGUCAGCACCGCAACUCCAGAAGCUUCUCUUACCCACGCUCGGACAACAGCCAUGACCUCGACUACCACCAUCAGAGGACUGUCAGUCCCACGGGGAGCUAUGCAUCGUCUGCAGAGCUAAGUCGGUGCAGCAGUCAGCUGAGUGAGGAGGACUAUGGCGGUGAGUACGGAGAGAGGGACCCUUACGACGAGAACGACUCAUACCACUCCUGCCAUUCCUCAGUUAGCUAUAGUAAAGGUUCUCCAGACUGGGACCCUGAUGAGACCCAGGGGGCCUACAGCGAUGAGGGUGGCUACAGCAAAGAUGGAGGAGAGGAGGUGGCUCUGUAUGAGGAGGAUGAUGGAGGACUGUAUGAGGGAGAAGAGGAUGGCCUCUAUGAGGAUGAGGAGAUGAUGUAUGAUGAUGAGGAUUUGUACAAUUUGGAUGGGACCCUCAGUGAGGACAUGGAGCCUCCAUUCACUCCCACACCAACGUCAACUGCCGCUCCUACUCUUGAUGUACCCAGCUCAAGACCUCCUCUAGAGAAACAGCCCUCCCUACACCAACAGCAGCCCUCUACCCAACCUUCUAACCAAACAUCCAACCAGGCUCAUCCUCCCGGCAUGACCCCAGCAGCACAGCCCCCCUCUGGUCAACCAACAGCCCAACCACCCAAACAGCCUCAGCCUCAAACACAGCCUCAGCCGCAGCCAGCCCCAUCUGCCACUUCCUUCUUCUCAAUGGCCAAACCUCUAACAGCUGCAGUAACAGGCCUGGCCUCCACUUUCCUGUCUUCAGUUCCCACUGCCCAACCUGCCCAGUCUCACCCUCCAGCCUCAGCUGUUUCUCAACAGCACCAGUCUGCUGCAGCCAGCUCUGUCCCUCCAUCCCACCCAGCCACCAUGGCUAACUCAGCCUCUCAGCCCCCCUCCACUGCCAUGGACCCUGCCUCCCAACAGACCUCGUCCUCUACACAGCCCCAUUCCCAACUCAGCGAUCCUGCCUCCACAGAGUCACCUGCCCCUGAGGACCAGGCUCCCCAAUUGGAGGAAGAACCAUGGCUAGAAGAGGAAAUGAUGUUGGAGAGGGAGGCCAGGACGCCACCUGCCCAGCCAGAGGAGAAGCUACCCAUGGAGGAGAAGGAGGAGCAAUUUGAAGAGAGCAGACCGCCGACACCAGCAGAGUUAAAAGAGAUGCCGCCUGAGAGUCCUCCAGUUAUAGAGGAGCCCAAAGAGCCAGUAGAUCCAGCAGUCAGAGCCAAAGAGAACUGGCUAAGGCUUUACAACAAGGUCUUAGAGCAGCUUCGGGAGGCUCGAGGAGAGACCUCCAACUCGCUGUGGUUUGGUAAAGGAGGAAUGGGAGGUGCACUCUACAGUAUUGACAGCAUGCCUGACCUUCGCAAGAGGAAAGCCAUUCCCCUUGUCAGAGAUCUGGCCAUGUCUCUAGUGCAGAACUCUCGUAAAGCUGGAAUCACAUCAGCCAUGGCUUCCACCACUCUCGGGAACGAAGAGCUGAAGAGCCAUGUUUAUAAAAAGACCCUGCAGGCUCUGAUCUACCCCAUCUCCUCCACUACCCCACACAACUUUGAGGUGUGGACAGCCACCACUCCCACCUACUGCUAUGAAUGUGAGGGGCUGCUGUGGGGUAUCGCCCGCCAAGGCAUGCGCUGCUCAGAGUGUGGCGUCAAAUGCCACGAAAAGUGCCAGGAUCUGCUCAAUGCCGACUGUCUGCAGAGAGCUGCAGAGAAGAGCUCCAAGCAUGGGGCCGAGGACCGAACCCAGAACAUCAUCAUGGUCCUGAAGGACCGCAUGAAGAUCAGAGAGAGGAACAAACCAGAGAUCUUUGAGCUGAUACAGGAAGUGUUUGCCCUCGACAAGUCAACACACGCCACGCACAUGAAACAGAUCAAACAGAGCGUGCUUGACGGGACCUCAAAAUGGUCAGCAAAGAUAAGCAUCACUGUGGUCUGUGCUCAGGGCCUGCAGGCUAAAGACAAAACAGGCUCCAGUGACCCAUAUGUCACAGUUCAAGUUGGGAAGACCAAGAAGAGGACCAAGACCAUCUAUGGCAACCUCAACCCUGUCUGGGAAGAAAACUUCCACUUCGAAUGCCAUAACUCUUCCGACCGCAUCAAGGUCCGUGUGUGGGACGAGGAUGACGACAUCAAGUCUCGCGUGAAACAGAGAUUCAAACGUGAAAGCGAUGACUUCCUGGGUCAAACAAUCAUCGAAGUCCGCACUCUGAGCGGGGAAAUGGACGUUUGGUACAACCUGGACAAGAGAACAGAUAAGUCUGCUGUGUCAGGAGCCAUCCGGAUGCACAUAAGUGUGGAGAUCAAAGGAGAGGAGACGGUAGCUCCUUACCAUGUCCAGUACACAUGUCUACAUGAGCAUCUGUUCCAGUACACCACUGAGGAGCAGAACGGAGGUGUAGUAAAGAUCCCUGAUGCCAAAGGGGACGACGCCUGGAAGGUGUAUUUUGAGGAGACAGCUCAGGAGAUAGUGGAUGAGUUCGCCAUGAGAUAUGGAGUCGAAUCCAUCUACCAGGCCAUGACCCACUUUGCCUGCUUGUCAUCUAAGUACAUGUGCCCAGGAGUUCCAGCAGUGAUGAGCACCCUGCUGGCCAACAUCAACGCUUACUAUGCCCACACCACCCAGUCAUCCAACAAUGUUUCUGCUUCGGACAGAUUUGCUGCAUCAAACUUUGGAAAGGAGAGGUUUGUCAAACUGCUGGAUCAGCUGCACAACUCCCUGAGAAUCGACCUGUCCAUGUACCGGAAUAACUUCCCUGCCAGCAGUCCUGAAAGACUACAAGAUCUGAAAUCUACUGUUGAUCUCUUGACAAGCAUCACAUUCUUUAGGAUGAAGGUCCAGGAGUUGCAGAGCCCCCCCAGGGCAAGCCAGGUGGUGAAGGAUUGUGUGAAAGCCUGUCUCAACUCCACCUACGAGUAUAUUUUCAACAACUGCCACGACCUCUACAACAGGGAAUAUCAGACAGACCCUUCAAAGGCAGUCCCUCCAGAUGAGCAGGGUCCCAGCAUCAAAAACCUGGACUUCUGGUCCAAACUCAUCACCCUCAUCGUCUCCAUCAUAGAGGAGGACAAAAACUCCUACACUCCCUGCCUUAAUCAGUUUCCCCAGGAACUGAAUGUGGGCAAGAUCAGCGCUGAGGUCAUGUGGAAUAUGUUUGCACAAGAUAUGAAAUAUGCCAUGGAGGAGCAUGAGAAGCACCGCCUGUGUAAAAGUGCAGAUUAUAUGAACUUGCACUUCAAGGUGAAGUGGCUCUAUAAUGAGUACUGCAAGGAGCUGCCCACUUUCCAGAAGCACGUUCCUGAAUAUCCAGCCUGGUUUGAGCCAUUUGUCAUCAUGUGGUUGGAUGAAAAUGAAGAGGUGUCCAGAGAUUUUCUCCACGGAGCCCUGGAGAGGGACAAAAAAGACGGGUUCCAGGUCACAUCAGAGCACGCUUUGUUCUCCUGCUCAGUGGUGGACGUGUUCUCUCAGCUUAAUCAGAGCUUUGAAAUCAUACGCAAACUGGAGUGUCCCGACCCUCAGAUCGUUGGCAACUACAUGAAGAGAUUUGCCAAGACCAUCGGCAAUGUCCUGUUGUCUUAUGCUGACAUCAUAGCAAAAGAUUUUCCAAAUCAUGUCAAGAAGGAGAAAGUGCCAUGUAUCAUCAUCAAUAACAUCCAGCAGCUCAGAGUUCAGUUGGAGAAGAUGUUUGAGGCCAUGGGAGGCAAAGACCUCAAUGUGGAAGCUAGUGACUUCCUGAAGGAGCUGCAGAACAAACUCAACAACGUCAUGGACGACCUCAGCCGCAUCUUUGCAGUCAGUUUCCAGCCCCAGAUCGAAGACAAUGUGAGGCAGAUGGGGGACAUCCUAGCUCAAGUCAAAGGUCAAACUGUACCAGCCAAUGGCAGCGUAGUUCAGGAGGCCGAUAAUGUCCUGCAACCCAUCAUGGACUUCCUGGACAGCAACCUGUCGCUGUUUGCUAAGAUCUGUGAGAAGACAGUCCUGAAGAGAGUGCUGAAGGAGCUGUGGAAACUGGUGAUGAACACAAUGGAAAAAACUAUCGUUCUUCCAACACUUACUGACCAGACGGGCACCCAGAUGAUCUUCAAUGCUGCUAAGGAGUUGGGCCAGCUUUCCAAGCUCAAGGAGCACAUGGGGCGAGAGGAAGCCAAAGCUCUGUCUCCUAAACAGUGUGCAGUAAUAGAGCUGGCACUAGACACUAUUAAGCAAUACUUCCAUGCUGGUGGCGUUGGCCUGAAGAAAACGUUCUUGGAGAAGAGUCCAGACCUGCAGUCUCUGCGCUACGCCUUGUCUCUGUACACGCAGGCCACCGACAAACUCAUCAGGAAGUUUGUCCUCUCACAGAACGCUCAGGUCCAUGGAGGGAAAGGGAUCAGGUACACGGCAAAUGAAGACACACCACCAGAGAAAGCGUGUGGAGUGGAUGCAGUUGGCGAGGUGGUCAUGCAUGUGGAUAUCUUACCCCAACCUAAUGGAGAACACAAGAUCAGUGUCAAAGUGGUGGCUGCUAAUGACCUGAAAUGGAAAGCGCAGGGCUUCAGGCCCUUCGUAGAAGUCUACAUCAUUGGCCCUCACCUUAGCGACAAGAAGAGGAAAUUUGCCACCAAAUCCAAGAACAACAGCUGGUCACCUAAGUUCAAUGAGAGCUUCCAGUACUCCUUGGGCACUGAGGUGGGACCGGAGAGCUACGAGCUGCAGGUGUGCGUGAAGGACUACUGCUUCGCCAGAGAGGACCGCACUGUGGGCAUGGCCGUGCUGCAGGUGAAGGACAUAGCCAACAAGAACAGCAUCACCUGCUGGCUGCCGCUGGGAAGACGUGUCCACAUGGACGAGACGGGCCUGACGGUGCUGCGCAUCCUCUCCCAGCGCAACAACGAUGACGUGGCGAAAGAGUUUGUGAAGCUCAAGUCGGACCAGCGCUCAGCCGAGGAGGGCCGCAGCUGAGGGAGGAGGAGAGAGCGAGGACACACACGUGUGCACAAAAACACCAGAGACAUACCCAAUAGACAUAGUAUUACACAUAGUAUAGUACUCAUACCCACAUAGAUAAACGACCAUGUGCAAUACAGAAGCACACACAUGUAAACCCACUAUUGUACAUAUACUGUAUCUGCAUACAUUAUGCAACAUUUACAUUGCAAUGGUAUCAAUGCAAACAUGAAGGAAUAUGUUUAUUAAAAAAAAUCUGAUUUAAUUUAGAAUAUUUCAGCAGCUCAACUCAAACUCCUCAGUUUAAGGUUAGCCUCACGUUAGCAAGCACUUGUCAAUCCCUCACUCACUCUUUCCUAUAACACAUCACACCUUUUAUACGCUGUACAUUUAGAUGUGAUAUAAUGCAACGCAUAACAGCGACAAAAACCAUGUGAAUAGUUUGAGAACGACCACUUUGCACUUUUGCUUCUCUGUGUCUUCAGGAGAGCAGUCCUUGCCUAGCUAUGCUCUGUCAGUCUGUCCGUCUGCUUGCCUGCCUGACUGUGUGUCGUUCUUCCAGUCCGUCUCUCCCCUCCUCUCCCCCGUUGUCUCUGCGUAGUCUUCCCAUGGUGUGAUGUGUUGUGUAAGUUGGAGUGGGAGCGCAGAUCUAAGAUCAGCUUCCAUGAUGCCCAUGAACCCAAAUAGAGAAAAACACACAACAACACUGACCUAAGAUCAGUGUCCAGGGGCAGCAUCUCUGCUAGUCUGUCUUGUAAUGUACUAACGUCCUGCAUGUUGACCCCAGGAACACUGUGAUUCACUUUGCUGUAACCAAGGCAACCGCUCCCCUCCCACAUAAAAGAUGGGUGCCUCCAAUAUUUGACCUGUGUGAGCAUGGUGUAUAUAACCCUGGUCCCAUAAGGUUUUAUAAAUCAGACCUGAUUCACCUUCAUAAUCCUGGAGAAAACACAGUGACAGUGGGACUAUGCUGAGCCUGAUAUGUGAUGUGUUGAUAAAGGUAAAAGUUGUGGCCACGAUGUGCAUUUAUUUUGAACCUUUCUUGCUUCACAUCACGACAAACGGAGCAAUACCCUAACGUCAAACACACACCCCCCUAGAGUGCACAUUAACUCCAAAAAGGGCUACAGGAUCAGUGGACUGGGAUGUCAGUUUACACACUAACACAGGCUGUCUGUGCUUCUGUUGGCAAAGUGACCACAGGGUUUCCCCAGCUGCUCUGCAACAGACACACCGCCACACUGCAGACACGCUACCAUUCAGAAAGUCUUUCAUGAGUGACUCUGUGGAGGAACUUGAAAUGAAUCCACAUGAAGCCUGAAAGGACACACCCGGGGAACACUUCCCUCCCGAUCGACUGCACACCUAUCUAAACCCAUCUCUAUAAGGCAAUAGUGGUUUGUUUGUAUGUUCACUGAACCUCGUGGUUUUUAUGAAGAACAAAUCUUCUGUGAACACUGCUGUGUCUUUUGUUAAUGUGUGCGUGCAUGUGUGUGAAGGUGUGUGAGGUUGUGUGUGAAUGUGUGUGGGUUGACUGUCACACCUGCAAAAUGGGCUCUGAGAUUGUGAGCAAUAUAUUGUACCUACAUACCCAAACUGUAUGCGCUGUCAGUAUAACUACAGGAGCACCAACUGCAAUAUCCAGAUCCAAGGAAUGGGAAACUUAUGAUUCUUUUUUUUUAAAUUUGUAAAUCACUAAGAUAUUUUAUUUAUGGACUCAUAAAAUCCCCAUUCCUUUUUGAAGUGUGCACGCUUCUUCUCAUAUAUUUUGGAUAAUAGAGAAGGAAAGUGUUUUAAUUACUAUUUGCCUUUAGUAGGACCAAAUUUGCACGAACCAGAGUUCAUGUUUCUUUGUUUGUUUUUAAAGAAAGAAGCCAUCAGAGUCACCGCCAAGCAUUUAUGGUGUUCAAGUAUUAGUCUCGUCAUGUGUUUUGACAAACCCCUUUACCUUUCACUGCAAAAAGGUGAGCAAACACUCACAGUCGUAGUUCGGCUCGUCUUGUUGUGUCUUUGUGAAACGUAAUGAUGUUGGUGACAGUGAAUACAUGCCGCAGGAGGUUUUUCCUGCCGCUGUGUCGAGCUACAUCAGACAUCACUGCUGGCCUGUCACAUGUUGUCUUUGCUGAAUACUGUUGAAUGCUACCAAAUACAAAUCUUGUGAAUGUUAUUAAUCCUCAGCAGAGCCUUCUUUCCAUGAUCAAAGGGAUGUUUAAUCCAAACCCACGAUUAGCUUGAGAACACCAACUCAUGCCUUUUGAUUUAAGCCUCCAAAUUUUACUUAAAUCAAUGGGUCAUGUGUUCAAUCGUGCUUGAUUUUUUAUUUUUUAUUCUUUCUUUUUUUUGUUGGGUGAACCAGUCUUUUAAAAGGAGCUUUCCACCCCAGCUUUUGUGAAAUGUAACACACAGUGAAGUUAAAUCAUGUUCAUGUGUUGUCUAAGUAAUCCCAGGGCUCAAGACAAACCUUGACAUGUCAGGUUGUAGCUGAAAAAGCAACAAAAAUAAAUAAAAAAUAACACGAGUGAUCAUCUAGUUCAGGACUCGUCGUUUGCCUACUUCAUGUAUUUACGCAUACACACACCACUGCACACAUACACAGACACAUACACACACACAUCUACACACACCCAUCUCUGCUCAAGCACAAAAGGGCACAUGUAAGAUGACACACAUGCAUGCAUGCACGCCGACACAACUCUGUGGAGACCAAUGAUGCCCACCCUGUGAAUAGAAUCAACUUACAAUUGCAUGAGGGGAAACUUUAUUGUGCCAGCACGUGUCUCUUUGAUGUUUCUUGACUUUUUAUUUUCCUUGUUUUUAAUUUCCGAAGCUAUGUAAUGAUUACUCACCAAUGUUUUUCUUUUGUGUGUGUUUUUCAAAAAGGCUUGUGAAUAUGUCUUCUGUAACCAAUAUGAAUGUAGUGUGAACACAGAACUCGCAUGAGAGAAUUGUUUUCUACUAAGGAUGUUUCUAAUUUGUUUCUUAUCAUUAUUGAUUGUUCUUUAAUGAGGAUGAAGUGGAACUGGAAUGCAGCCUGAUUGCGAUCUGCUUCCUAUUAAAAGGACAUUUGUGUCACAAUCUAAA